AGGCGAGAGGGAAGCCGAGGAGAGAAGAGAGAUCCCCGUGUCCCUCUCCACGUUUGCAUUUAGGUAGAUGACGAUAAGUGGAUAAACCUCCUCGCCCAAUCAGAAGUGAAAAAACUAUAUGUCUCUUCUCUGCAUCUCUCACACAACAAAUUUCUGAAAAUGAAACGUCAGUAGUGAUUUUCUUCUGAUUUGUUGAACCACGCGACAUCAUCCUCAUCCUCCGUGAGUUAUGGCUACAAAAGGGAAUUCAGGAGACCGUAAAAGCAAUAACAGUUUGUUUUCCAUAUUUAUGAUUGCGGGUUUAUGCUGUUUCUUCUACAUCCUGGGUGCUUGGAGGCGAAGUGGCGUUGGAAAGGGUGAUAACAUAGCCUUAGAGAUCUCCAAACAGACAGAUUGCAGUGUUUUCAACAAUCUUAAUUAUCAGAAAAGUGGUGAUGCUGGCAUGAUUGAUGAUGGAGCACAAGUCAAGGAGUUUAAGCCCUGUGAAGACAAGUACAUCGAUUAUACGCCUUGUCAAGAUCAAAUGAGAGCAAUGACGUUUCCCCGAGAUAAUAUGAUCUACAGGGAACGCCAUUGCCCUUCUGACAACGAGAAGCUGCCCUGCCUUAUUCCAGCACCAAAAGGAUAUGCAAGCCCAUUUCCUUGGCCCAAGAGUCGCGACUACGUACCCUUUGUUAAUGCUCCUUAUAAGAGCUUGACCGUUGAGAAGGCUGUUCAGAACUGGAUUCAGUACGAGGGCAACGUCUUUAGGUUCCCUGGUGGAGGAACACAGUUUCCUCAUGGAGCAGAUGCCUAUAUUAAUGAACUCGCUUCUGUUAUCCCCAUGGAUAAUGGAAUUGUUAGAACUGCUUUAGAUACUGGAUGUGGGGUUGCAAGUUGGGGUGCAUACCUUUUCAAAAAGAAUGUUAUAGCUAUGUCGUUUGCACCAAGGGACUCUCAUGAAUCACAAAUUCAAUUUGCAUUGGAAAGAGGCGUCCCUGCUGUUAUUGGUGUUCUUGGAACUAUCAAGCUUCCAUAUCCAUCUAGAGCCUUCGACAUGGCCCACUGUUCUCGUUGCCUGAUCCCUUGGGGUGCUAAUGAUGGAAUGUACAUGAUGGAAAUUGACCGUGUUCUUAGACCUGGUGGUUAUUGGGUGCUUUCUGGUCCCCCCAUUAACUGGAAGAAUAAUUACCAAGCAUGGCAGCGUCCUAAAGAGGAACUGGAGGAGGAACAAAGGAAGAUCGAAGAGGUUGCCAAGCUUCUUUGCUGGGAAAAGAAGCAUGAGAUUGGUGAAAUAGCUAUCUGGCAGAAAAGAAUAAAUAAUGAUUUUUGCCGUGAGCAAGAUCCUAAACCAACUAUGUGUAAAUCAACAAAUCCAGAUGAUGUUUGGUACAAGAAAAUGGAGGCAUGUGUAACUCCUCAUCCUGAGACAGAUGAAGUCACUGGUGCAGCAUGGCAGCCAUUUUCAGAGAGACUUAAUGCUGUUCCUUCCAGAAUAACCAGUGGCUCCAUUCCAGGAUUGUCAGAUGAGAUAUUCCUAGGGGACAGUCGAACAUGGAAGAAGCAUGUCAAUGCCUAUAAGAGGAUAAACAGUGUCAUUGACUCAGGGAGGUAUCGCAACAUUAUGGACAUGAAUGCUGGCAUGGGAGGCUUUGCUGUAGCUCUUGAAUCUCCAAAAUUGUGGGUUAUGAAUGUUAUGCCCACAAUAAAUGAAAGAGACACUCUGGGUGUCAUAUACGAGCGUGGCUUGAUUGGCAUAUAUCAUGAUUGGUGUGAAGCAUUCUCCACUUACCCAAGGACAUAUGAUCUUAUUCAUGCAAAUGGUGUUUUCAGCUUGUAUAAAGACAAGUGCAAUAUGGAAGACAUUCUUCUAGAGAUGGAUCGUAUUUUAAGGCCUGAAGGAGCAGUCAUAUUCCGUGAUAAAGUUGAUGUGCUUAUCAAGGUGAGGAGAAUUGUGCGAGGUAUGAGAUGGAAUGCGAAAAUGGUGGAUCAUGAGGAUGGGCCGCUUCUGUCAGAAAAAGUGUUGUUCACCGUCAAACUAUACUGGGUUGCAGGAGAAAACAAUAGCACUUCAUCACGGUGAACAAGUGUUUUUGGAUUAUAUCAGGGGGGUGAUUGUAUCAGGAGCUCAACCUUUCCUAGUCAGAUCCUACAGAUUACUAGUACACACGGAUCAUCUAGCUUCCAGCCAGCCAAGGAAUGCUGUUUCUGCAGAAUUGUUCUAGCUUCAGGGCGGAGCCAGCAAUCUUUUUUAUUCUGGGCUACGAAUAAAUAAACAUAAAUUAUUUUUUAAUAUUCAUUAUAGAAUAGACACUCUUGUUGUUUUCCAUCACUUUAUUAACGAUAAAUGAAAAUUUUUGUAUUAUAACUCAAAGGACAAGUUAAGAAGCCAUAUUUUAUA